AUGUUUAAUCAACAGUGGAUGCUAUUUUAUCUUGAAGUCAUAGCAAUCAAUAUUUGUGGCUUGCAAUUUCAGUCCAAUAAACUAUCUAAUCUAAACGAAACAGAAUUAUUAUUAAAUGAAACUGAAUCUACUGAUAGUCCUUUUAAUUUAACCAGUGCACGAGCAGCUUUAUGUCCAAUUAUUGGUUUUCAAGGAAUGUUUUGUCCUGGUGAUGAUAAAGCUGUGACAUCUAAUAAUAUUACAUCCAGAAAAUUAGCAGCUGUUUUACAACUACCACACAGUGUAGGUAUGGCCAUUGAUGUGACUACUGGUGACCUUUUACUGCCAGCUUUGCAACUAUCUACAGGUAAUCGCCAAUGGACAGAAAAUGAAUCAAAGCAAACAUUUCUCAUUCCACCAGAAAUAACACUAACGGAGCCAUCAUUGAAUGAAAGUUCUAUUAAUGUUCUCAUAUUUCAUACAGAAACUGAUUUGGUUGAUGUAUGGCUUAAGAAUGCAGCAGCUGGUACAUGGACUGGUGGUCAGCUAGCAUAUGUUCAAAAUAUGUUUGAUGUUUAUGAAAAGUAUUUCAAAGAUAAUCAAGCAACAGCAAUAACUCAAGAUUUGAAGACUAAAUAUACAGUAACAAUAAAAAAUAAUGUUCAUUCAUUAAAAUUAAAUAAAUAUGCUCAACGAGCAGUUAAUGCUCUAACAGUUCAAUAUAACGAUGAACUUUAUGAAAAUUUUAUAGCAGCUUGGGGAACACAUAUUACUAUAUCAACAAAAGUCGGUGGUAUGACAGAACAACAAAUUCUGUUUAAAAGUUGUAUGACGGAUACAACUGAAAUCACUGAUGGACUCUCUCAAUCUCUAUUUGAAGAGAAUUUGAAACAAGAACUAUUAGAAAAAACUCCAUGUCUUGAUAAAUUUUAUUAUAUGAGACGUAAAAAGUUAUUAGAUCAUAGAAUUGGUGGUAAUAUUCUCUUGAUAAAUAAUACUGAUGAAUGGAAGAAAACGAUCGUCUAUAAUCCGGCUUUAUUAACUGUUGAAAAAUAUUUGCCUUGGUAUGACUUAAUAUCAAAUAAAGCGAUAAAAAGAAAUUUAAAACAAGCAAUAGAAAGACGUAUGGAAGCAAACAGUGUCAUUCGUCAAACAGAUGCAUAUCAAAUUCAAGAACAACGAAGAAAUAUGACACUCUCAGCUAAAGUUGUUGUUCAAUCGGUCGCUUACAGAUGGACUUAUGCAAAUGAUAUAGCAUUACAAAAUGUGAAUGUAUGUCCCACAGAAUUAACAAAUACUGAGCUUUCAACGAAAUGUAAUACUGGUACAAUGAUGAGUGCUUGUACAUUAGACUUAAGCGAAAAUAAUAACAAUCGUAUUAUUAUCAGUAAUAAAGAAGUGCCCAUUUGUUAUGAACGACAUAAUCGAACAGGAAGUUUUCGUGUUGUUGCACGAAGACAAUAUGGUCAAAGAGAUGAUAGUGUAAGAACUGGAUUUAGAAAUUAUGAUGUCAAUGGUGAAUGGACUUCACCGGGUGGUUGCUCGAAAAUUACAAAUAAAUGUGAAAUUUAUGCUAAUACAUGGUAUGUCUAUCUAUGUUCCGGUUGUGAUUUACAAUGUCCAUUGAAUCAAUAUGGAAAAAUAAGAUUUUGUAAAUGUUCAUGUCCAGCUUAUCCAAUCGAUCCCGAAGCAAAACCCAACGAACCACCUUGUUAA